AAAGAAAAAAGAAAAAAACCCAAUGUGAUGGUGCUCUGCAGGUAGAGCUUCAGUCACUGCCAACAUGAGUAAGAAAUAGGAACUAUGUAACCCCAAUCACCCUCACCCAGGAGACCAAGGGAAACAUUCAGGAGACCCCUCCCCUUGACCCAUGUAUUGCCGGUAACUCAGGAAGGGAAGAGACGCCUGCAGAAUUGAACGGCUUUAAGGAAGACACUCCGGAUUGAAGGGGAUACUCAGCUCAGGCAGGCUAUUAGGUGGCUGGGGAGUGGUGUGUUGCAAGGGGCUUUAAAGAGAGCAUGAAGCAGCUGGUGAGCCGGGAUGAAGAUGCAGCAUAAGAGGAUGGAACCGAAACGAUAGACAGAGUGCAGAUAAAACAUGAGUCCCAGAGGGCCCUAGCCAGCUGCAUCCCAGGCAAUCAGGAGCCUGGGAUUGGAGACCCCACCCCUACCAUGACAUCACAGGGGAGUGGGGUGGAGACGAACAAAAAGGGGGUCCCCCGCCCUGGCCUUGGACUCUUGGCAGCUCAGAGUGUCAAGAGCAGAGAGGGGCUGGGCACUGGGCUUAGGUGCCUGACUUAAAGGAACAGCCUGCCCUUUCCUUGAGCCCCUCUAAGCUGCCCCCUCCAGACCUUGAUCUCUGUCUCCCCAUCUGAUGACCUCUCCCUCCUGAGGCCACCCCUGGGUCCCUUCUGAGGGGUCAUUCUCAGCAUGAACUGCAUCUCAGAUUUCUUCACCUAUGAGACCACCAAGUCCGUGGUUGUGAAGAGCUGGACCAUUGGAAUCAUCAACCGAGCAGUUCAGCUCCUGAUCAUCUCCUACUUUGUGGGGUGGGUUUUCUUGCACGAGAAGGCAUACCAGGUGCGGGACACAGCCAUUGAGUCCUCGGUGGUGACCAAGGUGAAGGGCUUUGGACGCUAUGCCAACCGAGUCAUGGACGUGUCUGAUUAUGUGACCCCACCCCAGGGCACCUCUGUCUUCGUCAUCAUCACCAAGAUGAUCGUAACGGAAAACCAGAUGCAAGGAUUCUGCCCAGAGAGCGAGGAGAAGUUCCGCUGUGUCUCAGACAGCCAGUGUGGGCCCGAGCGCUUCCCAGCUGGGGGGAUCCUCACGGGCCGCUGCGUGAACUACAGCUCUGUGCUCCGGACCUGUGAGAUCCAGGGCUGGUGCCCCGCCGAGGUGGACACGGUGGAAAUGCCUGUCAUGAUGGAAGCCGAGAACUUCACUAUUUUCAUCAAAAACAGCAUCCGUUUCCCCCUCUUCAACUUUGAAAAGGGAAACCUCCUUCCCAACCUGACAGCCGCAGACAUGAAGACAUGCCGCUUCCACCCCGACAAGGCGCCCUUCUGCCCCAUCUUGCGGGUGGGGGAUGUGGUCAAGUUCGCGGGGCAGGAUUUUGCCAAACUGGCCAGCACGGGCGGAGUUCUGGGCAUUAAGAUCGGUUGGGUAUGCGACCUGGACAAGGCCUGGGACCAGUGCAUCCCCAAAUAUUCAUUCACCCGACUUGACGGCAUUUCUGAAAAGAGCAGCAUCUCCCCUGGCUACAACUUCAGGUUUGCCAAGUACUACAAGAUGGAGAACGGCAGCGAGUACCGCACGCUCCUGAAGGCUUUCGGCAUCCGCUUCGACGUGCUGGUAUACGGGAAUGCCGGCAAGUUCAACAUCAUCCCCACCAUCAUCAGCUCCGUGGCAGCCUUCACCUCCGUGGGUGUGGGGACUGUCCUCUGUGACAUCAUCCUGCUCAACUUCCUCAAGGGCGCUGACCAGUACAAAGCCAAGAAGUUUGAGGAGGUGAACGAGACCACGCUGAAGAUCACAGCCUCGGCCAACCCGGUGUACCCCAGUGACCAGACCACGGAGGAGAAGCAGUCCACAGACUCGGGGGCCUACUCCAUUGGCCACUAAGUCCUCUUCCCUGGGCCCCACCCUCAGCCUUGGGCUCCAGGCCUCCCCACCUGGGCGGGGGUGGUAUGGGAGGGAGAGGGGCUCUCCUUUUUGCUGCUCACCCGACGAGGCCACCCACAAAGUGUCUGACCCCACCAAUCCUUUACAGACAGGUCGUGCUCCCUGCCAAGACCCCAGUCUCACCCGCACCCCAUUGCCUCACCCCUGUCUGCCUCCCAGGACCCUCAGGGCAGUGGUACCUAGUUGCCCCCCCUUCCACAGAGUAGAGAUAAUAAUAGUAAUAACUAGCGGCCACAAGGCCUACCAGGUGCCAGGCACUUUCACACCCAUUAUCUCCUUUAAUCCUGAGAACAGUGCUACGAGGUAGAGAUUCGUUUCCCUAGUUUGAAGAUAAACUGAGGCUCAGAGAGACUGAGUCACUUGCCCCAGGCCACACAGCCAGGAAUUGAGUGAGCUGGGAUUUGAACCCAGGUCUGAUUAACUCCAUCACCCACACCCCACAAGGAGAGAACAAACGCCCAGGAGGUGUCGGCGCUGCUGCUUCAGGCUCCUCUGCUUUGACCAGGAUUGGGGUCGGCUUCGUAAAGUAAGCCCCAGCCCAUCCCCAGGAAUGCGGCAGGUCCCAUUUUAGGGGCAACCAGCCAGACCCCAGUGCAGGGCCUCUUUCUCAGACUAGAGUGGGUCCCCAAUUCAGAAGGAAACAGGAGGCGUAACUGUCAGUGAAUUUUUCCUUCCCUCAGCCCAAGCCAGAGCAGGGGCCAUUCUUGCUUUCUCUGGGACCCCCACGUGCCCACACACAUCUGGGCCCCUCACUGCACAGCUGUGUAGGACACGCCCCCCCCCCGCCCCCCUCACAGAGUGGGAUGGGAUUCCCGGACCUGGGAACACAAUGAUGAAAAGGUCCAGUAAGACCCAACACCCUGCACCCUGCCAGCAGGAGUUCAGCAGGGCUUUCCCCGUGGGGCCCUAAUGAGAUGGUCGGUCUUCUAAUGUCAGAAACUAAAAGGGUUUUAGGAA